GGUAAAUCUGGAUUUAAUUUCAGACCGAAUUUGAACCAAGCGAUAAGAUCAGGACUAUAUAGAACAAAUAUAUGGGGAAUUCUGAAUAAAUACAAUCUGAAAGAAAUAUUCAGCACCUGGGCUAUCGAUGAUGAACAGUAACAACUCCAGUUUGUCUCCUAACUAUCAAACAAUCUACAUGAACGCCACCAUCUUUGGAGGUAUAGUCGUUCCUGGACUUAUUCUCAAUACCAUGGCGGUCAUCAUCACGUGCACUGUGGCCAGGAAACAUCUGGUUCCCACCAACAUCUUCCUGGCAACACUAGCAGCCGUGGACUUGACAAGUAUACUACUCACUACCACCCCCACUGCAUUUUAUUACAUAUUUGGAGGGUGGGGUCAGGUUGAACAUAGCGUGUGCUUAUAUCAAGGGAUUUUAUCAGUUUUUAGCACCUUGGCGACUGGGUCGGUAGCAACGAUAAUCUCCGUAGAUCGCUUCGUAGCAACUUUGAGGCCACUAUGGUACCAUGCUCACCGGCCUGACCAUUCCGCGACCAAACUCGUACUGGGAGUUCUAGCAUCUUCUUUUGCGUUUUCUCUGCUACCGCUGACCGGACUUGGGAAAUUACAAGCUCAUUACCCAGGAUCCUUUUGUACACUGUCUUACUCGCCCCAAUCCAUGAUGGCCGUUGGUUAUGCUCUCGCCUUCGCUGUGCUUUGCCUACUGGAAGGUAUAAUAGUAGUCGGGUGCAACCUGAUUAUUUGUAUCUAUAUGUUUCGGUAUCGAAGACGAGUAGAGCCGUUGCUAAGCCAUGUAUUGUGCGUGUUGGCCACGCGGCGGAGAAAACGGGAGGCGCAAUACUCACACGUCAUGUUGGCAGUUUCUAUGCUGUUUAUUAUCUGCUGGAUUCCUUUUAUGAUGCGUGCGCUCUGUGGCCUGUCCGGUGUCCGGGUAUCGCCGGAGUAUAGUGCUUGGGCCGUUCGCUUACUACUCUUCAAGUACACGCUUGACCCUUGUACUUACUUGCUGACCAGAAAAGAGUACCGUCACGCAUUCACAACACUAAUCAAGUGUCACGCGUCACGCAACGUGACACCACUGGCUGCACCGGCAGAGAUGGCAGACACGGCUUUGUAAAUAUAGGCGUUACACAUUCACAAACCUGAUCACCUGUUACACAUCACGCAACGACACCAUGAAUCCAAGAGAUAUUUGAUAUUUACAAUCAUGUGUGCGAGUAAGUGCGUAAGGACUUUCAAUAAAGAUGCAACCCAAGCCA